AUGUCCGCGGAACCUCCAGGCAAGGAUUCCUACCAGACACGCCUUGACCAAUUCUAUGAAACCAUGAAGCUGUCCGCGGCGCUGGGCCAAAGAUCUCUCGCCAAGCGGUCGCGGCUCGCAUCUGAUGCGUCCAGCGAGGUGAACACCCAGCGCCGGUUCCUGAACAACCUUGCCUUUCUCUGUGACCAUCGGAGGGACAACGCGUUCAAGAUCUCCAUAGCGAUUGAAAGUGUUGAUGGCCUGUCUCGUUUCUGGAUUGCAGCCGAUACUGAACCGAGGGAAAAUGCCCUCCGCAGCCUCAACUUCAUCCUAUCCCUUCUGAAGCGCGUCCUUGGGCUCCCGGAACGUCUGCUGAGCCACGGAGAGGAUCUGUUCCAAGGGGCUUGCGCCAACAUCGCCAAGAGCCGCUUAAGCCUAGAGGUGGAGGAUCUAUCCAUGGCCGUGAAGGAUUGCCAACCGGUGCUCCUGAGGCUCAACCAUCCUGACCUGGAGGACCUGCCAGAAUGGCUCAGCCAGCUUGACCCCCAGACAAACCACGAUAGAAGCAACGCGACCUGGUGCCGUGCCGCACACGAGGCCCAAGAAUGCGAGGCUAUGGACAAGCUGAGCUCGAUCACCGGGGUGUCGGACAUGCCAGUCCUGACCCUGCCCUUUGUGCAGUUGCGACAUUCCAUACGGUGCCUAGCUCGUCAAUUCCAGGCCUGCAAGGACCUGAUCGAAGAUGGAGGGAAGCUGAGGAGCUUGCUGAGCAAGUUCCAUGUGUGCAUGGUGAGAGCUCCUGAACCUGUGCCGCCCCCGAAGCUGGAUCCCAGUACGAACUUUGAUGUGAUUGCGAGGCGACUCAUUGAAACGACUCCUCUGAGGAGAGAAAUCGAGGCUGCGUUCUCGCGAUUGAAGAAGAACCAUCCGGACAUCGAAGAAAGGAUUAAGAAGCAGUACGGGGAGGGCAUGGCGGUGCCCAGGGUUCCCGGCGAGGUGCAGAUCCUGGAACAUUUCUACAAGAACCGUCUCAAGUAUUCCAUGGGCGAAAGCUUCAUAGGCAUCAGCAAGCCGUCGUGCCUAUGCUCGCAGGCUUACUUCCGGCACCACCCAGCUGCGUCAGUCAGCCCGGAUACGAACGGGGAGCUGUGCCAGAGCUGGAGCCCCUCGCUUGCACAAGAGGGGAAGCCUGAUGAGAACUUCCUUCUGCAGCAUAAAAUGCUCGAGAAGGUUCAUUCUGAUAUCCGCCAACGUGUACUUCAGAGGAUCCUUCAGGUAGACCAGUUGGGAGUUUCAGAUGGGGCUAUUGCUGAGGGUGUCGCCGGUGGGAAGUCUGCGGACGCGGGUCAUCCUGGUUUAAGUGAGCACGGGUCAAAAGAAGACUGGCUGUUUGUGGGGGAUGAGAGUGAUGAAGAAGGUGGGAUUUCUGUCUAG